AUGCGGCAUCGCUUCAUCGACGUACGUAUCUCGGCACGGCCAAUACCGCCUACGGACGGCCAAUACGCCGUGCAAAGCUCAUUUCUCACGGCGCUGGCCGACCUUCUCGUCUCGAUACGUCGCGUGAACAAGCUUGCGUUGCGCGGUGUGUUCAAGGUGCGCUUUCCGGACGAGGCGGCUGCGGCGCUCACCGCAUGGAUCCAAGCGACACCGCUCAUGUCGCUGACGAUGAAGAACGUGGAGGAGGUCUCAUCCGCUCGACAACUCUGGGCAGAGCGAACGCGCGUCGCCUCACUUGAAACACGGCUUGGAGAGGACGGCGGGUCGACCUUGUGGGGUCACCUGACACACCUCGACGUCGAGCUCCUUCCACGUUCUCAAACGAGCUAUGUGGUCGAAAGGCUCGUCAACAGCGCGCUCGUGUUGCUACACGCGCGUAGUUCGGACGUGAGUCAAGACACGGACGGUCCUGAUGUGCAGAGCUUUCUCGAUGACGACCUUUCACGUCUGACGCGGCUCACAACAUUGCGCUUGACCAAAAUCCAUCUCUCGACGACCCACUGCCUCACGCUCGCACUGCUCUUACCGCGCUGCUCGCACCUCGGUCUCACGUCCAACAAGCUGCACGACGUUGAUGUCCUUGCCCUCGCGCUGUUCCUCCGACACGCCGCGCACCUCGAGACGCUCAUGCUCGUCAAACAAGGCUUUGGUGACGUCGGCGCAUCGGCGCUCUCGACUGCGCUCAUGCAAACCCUCGGCGCCAAGGCGCUGGGCUGCCUCCUCGCACAUCAUCCGCGGUUGGCGACCUGUCGCCUGCAAAACAACCCGCUGGGUGCGAACGGCGUUGCUGUGCUCUUGUUUGCGUGGACGUUAAGUGCGUUCUGCGAUGCGCUGCAAUCCACGACGACGCUGAACGAGCUCGGCGUCUCGAGCGUCGGUAACCUCGGUGGCUUUCACCGUCGGCGACUCCUGUCGACCCUCCAGACCUUGGCAUGGAACCCGCACUUGAACGGUCCCAUCAACGACGCAAGGCUACACGACCUCACAACGGCCGUCAGCCACACCCAGCUUAAGUCCCUCAACUGCAGCAUCUUCGGCUAA